AUGGCGACAGAAACAGCUCCGGUCCACAACGAAGUCGCCCUCCUUCUGAAGUCCCUCCACAAACCAGGAGAUCCCCUCAUCCUUACCAACAUCUACGAUGCAGCCUCCGCGAACGCUGUCAUCUCCCUCAAUAAAGCCAGCCCUUGCCUCGUCAAAGCCCUCGCCACAACCUCCUACGGCAUAGCCAACACCUUCUCCGUCCCCGAUACCGCCCUGACACUCAAUCAAAACCUAGCCGGCAUCCACAAAAUCGCUCCCAUCGCACAAUCUGCUGGUCUCCCUCUUACGGUCGACCUUCAAGACGGCUACGGCGAAUUCCUCGACACGUCCGUCUAUCGAAUCAUCUGGGCUGGUGCAGUAGGCGCCAAUAUCGAGGAUUCAUACCCGGAAAAGGGAUUCAGUCACGGAAUGAGCUGCCUAAGGAGCGUGGAAGAAUCGGCCGAGAGGAUAAGGCUUGCCAUAACGUAUGCGACGCAAGUAGAAUUGCCGGAUUUCGUAGUCAAUGCGAGGACGGAUGUGUUGCGGUUGAAGCCGAAUCCCGAGGGAUGGACCAGGGAGAUGAUGGUGCAGGAGGUGGUGAAAAGGGGCAAGGCGUUCUUGGAAGCUGGAGCGACCUGUGUUUUUGUUUGGGGUGGGGCGGCGGGGGAGGUUACAAAGAAGGAAAUACAAUUGUUGGUGAAGGAAUUUGAUGGCAAGUUGGCUGUUAAAUUGGCGGAUGGGAGGGACGGGCUUUCUGUGAGGGAGUUGACGGAGCUGGUAGUGUGUCGGAUCAGUAUGGGUGCUGGACUUUACAGCGACGAUAUGGAUGCUCUGCGGAAAAAGGCUGAGAGGAUCUUGAAAGGCGGCCAGCUUUGGGUCGAGGUCGAGUGA